UUUUUUAAUGCCUCCUUCAAUCGGCAUUAAUCCUGAUAAUUUUGGUGUUUCCGAAGCUCUGGCUUUGUAUAUUAUUAAGAGUAUUGACGAUUAUAGACAUUAUGUGAUCAAAGAUAUUAAAAAUUGCUCAACGAUAGCACCUUUUGACAUAACUAUCGGAGCUGGGGAACAUUGUGAUUUGGACAAAAUGCGUUUUACGGAUACUUCAAAAUGUCUUACAUUGGAGAAUAUGUGCAAUAUGGAACGUUAUGUACAGCCGCUUUCUAAUGCUGGAUUAGCUUAUGCAAAAUUUGGGAAGAGAUUGUUGCUUAAACGAUUUUAUGCUCGCUAUGACAAUGGAAAGCUUAGUGUUAAAAAAACUGAAGCAAAUCUGUUUAGAGACUUUCGAAAGAUUUAUGAAUAUUUUAUUGAAGUUGUUGAUGCUUUUCGUUGGGGACUCGAGCUUGAAUAUCCAACACCGGAAAAGAAAGAAUUAAUCGGUUGUUUGCAACAAAUUCAUCAGAAAAUGCUUGCUUUUAGACCUGAACCUAUAGACAAAAAUUUUACUUCAUAUGCCGAAGACUUUUCGCAGCAAUUGGGUGUUCAACUUGAAAAAACUCUUAAAUGGUAUAAUGAAUUGUAUUUGCCCGCGUUUGAUACACUUUGCAAUUCCCUUAGAAUGGAUCAAUCUGAUGGCUUUAUAUUUUGUAAUUUUGAUUUUUCUUCUGUUUGUUUCAACGAUUUACUUGUAAGAGCCUCUUCCUCACUACGUUUGCCUCGUUUAAUUAUUAGACCAAUUAAAAGAUAUGACGAAACAAGAUAUCGUAUUGAAUGUAUUAAAUUAGUUAAACCAACAUUAUUUUUUCCGAAGGCUUGGGUUGGAAAAGAAGUUUAUAUUAAACAAAUGGUUGGAGUAAAAGAGGUCGAUUAUAUUUCCACUGCUCAAGAUUUUGCUAUUGCGCGAACAUAUGACGCUGCUGUAAAUCUUGCAUCUAAACUAAUAAGCUAUUCGCAACAUAUUGAUCUCAAUUUAAUAACUUCACAAGAGCGACCAAACUACGAAAAAGCAGGGUAUGGACGCCCAUUGUGUUCCCUUCCAUCAUCACGAGAAAAUUCUUGUGAAAAUUCUAAGUCUAAUAAAAAUAAGCAUAAAACGUCAAAAAUUGAAAACCACUCGACUUUGAAUGAAAAUGUUAAAGAAAAUGUUUGUAAUGGAAAUAAGGAAGAAAAAGUCAAAGUAGCAAAAGAAAUUGAUGAGAAUAUUGCAGAGAAGGAAAACAACAAUUUUUGUAAAAAUCCAACAGCGAUUAAAGGAGAGGACACUAGCAGUGGAGUAGACUCCUCGUCCAUUAAAGAUACCCGCCUCUCUUCACAUUCAUCAUCAAAUAGUACUGGGUUUGAGAGCUGUUCUUCUUCUUUAUCUCCACCAUCUUCUUCAACUAAUACUAACAAUAAACAACAAACUUUUGAGCUGACGGACGACAAUAAAUCAUUGUUAUCAGAAAAUUCUCAGAAGGAGCAAAUGGCAAACAACACAGAUCUAAAAGAAAAUAAUGAAAAUGUAGAUAAACAUAUUGAAAAAAUAUUUAGGCCUUUCGAUAACAAAUCCGGCUCUAUUACUAUUUUGGGUGUACCUGAAAAGAAUUUUACUUUAUCAACAGUUUUUGCUGCUGCAAUUGUUGGUCAUGCUUAUGGUAAUGCUGAGGGGACAUUUCGCAUGAAAAGGCAAAUAAUUCUUUUCAUUUUUUCUAAAAAUUAUUUUUUUAGUCUAGACAAUCCUGCCUGUCAUAUUCGCCUUGGGCCAGGAUCGUAUGAUUAUGAAGAUUCUACGCAUAAAUUUACUAGUGCUCAAACUGUUACAUUAUCUACAUUUGAUUUAUUACCUAAAAACACAGAAAAUGAAUGUCGUUUAUCAGCUGCUGGUCUUGCCUUUGUUUUACAUGGAAGAAAAGCAAUUACAAAAAUUAUAGCAAAAGGUGACAGAGACAAUUUGCGAAAAUUUAUCAAAAAUAACAAAAAAGAAGCAAUUCCAAAUCUUUACCGACGUACUUAUCGACGUUUGGUGAGACUAAUCGAUCAAUUGGCUCUUGGAAAGGAAAUUAUUCCUCGCACUGAAGAUUUUAACAUUUUGUUCAACGCUCUCGAUGGCUGCAUUUCUGCCAAUUCGUUACUUGAAAAUAAAUUUCCAGCAAAUAAGAAAGGACCUUACUUGAGUGGAUUUUUAUUGGCACAUUUUAUAGCAAUGGAUUAUUUUUCUAAAUAUAUUCUUUAUCAAAUUGAAUAA